AUGAAAUAUUAUCCAACUCUUAGAUGCUCAAAAAACCCUUCAGAUUUUCGGGUUCGUCAGGUAGAGAAUGCCGACGAGACAGCAAAAGGCAAAUCAUAUACGACUAGAAAGGAACUAAAAAAUGUAAAUCAAGUCGAGUGUGAAAUGAUCAAUCAAAAUUUGUUAAUGAAACUCGCCAACGAUGUUGAACGAGAUGAAUUUGAACGGGUUUCAAAGGUGAUGAAGAAAAUUUGUUGA